AUGCUUAUCCAUGUGACCAAGGACAAUAAGUGGGAUCUGUGUACUGGAGUGAUCGAUCAACUCUCCGACGGCGGCAAUAGUAUUGGGCUCUCAGUGAGUGGCCAUGAAUUCAUUGACGACACGGUAGACGGCGGGUUAGGGAUAUGCCUCACCAAUGCCAGCGGCAGGCCUGCCGAAUUCUUCCUGCAGGGACCAGAUGCUGCAGCGAUCCCACAUUCAGACUACCUUACCCGAGUUGAGCACAUUUCCAAGGACAUCGCCGCUGGCCAGCAAUCCUGCUCUGAUCAAUUGCGUGCACGCUGUCACUGUGGGGGCGUGCAGUAUUGCAUCGGUCGGCCCACCGAUCAGUCUCGCUCCAUGUCUGCGCCAUGGCCCGAUCUAGUGGUCCCGUCGAGGUCUGGCCAUGCGACGAACAAAGACGAUGUCAAAUGGUGGCUGAGGGCCAAUGGGACCAAGUACUUGGCUGGCACCUGUGCUUGCCGCAGCUGCCGUCUCGCUGCUGGCGUGCCUGUCCAGACCUGGGCUUUUGUGCCUAAGGCGAACCUGAUGGCUCCUGAUGGCACUGACUUCCACUUUGGAUUGGGUACUCUUACACAGUACAACAGCUCCAAGGGCAACUUCCGAGAAUUCUGUGGUGUGUGUGGUGCGACCGCAUUCUGGCACUGUGACGAACGGCCUGAUCUGAUUGACGUAAGUGUCGGCCUCCUAAGGGCUGCAGAAGGGGCGCGAGCCUCUUCAUGGCUCGAGUGGUGGACACAGCGUGUCAGCUUCAAGGAAGAUGCCUUGAGCUCUUCUCUGAUCGCUGAGCUAGAAAGCGGGCUUGCGGUGCUCUCUAAAGACAAGUAG